UUGGACUCUUUUUCCGCCAACCGACCUUGGACCCAACAUCUUGGCACUCCAGACCUGCUAGCAACAUUCCUAAAGCAGCCCGUCUGAGGGCUCGGGUGUGGCAUAGCUGUGCGAGGAGCAUAUCGCGCAGAGAGGCAGUGGAAAUGAAGGGCCGGCGUCGUGCCGAAAAUAAGUCGGAGCGGAUCGGGAAAGAGUGGGUCAGCCGGUAUAAGCUGGGCCGGAUGGACGAGUUGGGAGGGCUGGUAGGACGUCGAGGAGGGCAGCGCCAGGAGGGAGAAGAGGCGGUUGGAGAUGUUUCGGGUAAUUAGAGGGUGGUCGCGCAAUCAAACUGUGGUUAUUUUUGCGAUAAAAAAAUUUUCCUCUUCUCCAAUUCCCUUCAUCGCUUUCGCCCAAAGGAGAAAGAUGGAUCGGGUUCCCAAACCCAACCCACGUUGCGCUCAGGGGUUCGGGUCCACUUGCACAUGCUUGCUCGCCUGGCUUUCGUCAGUUUUCGAUUUCAUGCUGCAACGUCGAAGGAAUCGCAGAAGGGAACCGGGCCAGAAAAAAUCGGAAAAAAAUCCGAGAAAAAGCGAAAAAAGGGCUCAGCACCGGCGGGCUGCCAAUGAAAAGAGAACGACGAGAAGACAAGCUUUCUGUUUAUCGGGGCGAGGAAGAGGCCGUGGCGUGACUUUAGUAAUGUCAGGCCACCGUGGCAGCCUAAAGGGCCCCCUAAGGAAUGGAAUAGACGGGAACGAUUGCCAUCGCCUCUGCCAUUGCUCGGUGGCCAUUGGGUCGCCCGCCGGCCCCCUUCGCUAACACCCCGCUGGAGGGCCCGAGGAGAGGCCCUGUCUUGUCGCCUCUGGUCCUGCCUGUGACCCUGCCUGUGACCCUGCCUCGGGUUCUCUGGGUCCUCUCUUCCCUCUUCCCUGGGCCUCUCUCCUCUCUCCUCUCUCCUCUCGGGUCCUCUGGCUCCCCUCUCCUCUGCCCUCGGCCACCCCUCUGGCUCUUCCCGAUCCAGGCACCGCGCACGGUCCAGGUACACCGCGUCGCAAUUAUCACCUGUCACACAUUCGCACCCUCGCCCAAUUCGGACCUUUGCUGCCGAGAUCGGGCCUCCCCUGCGUCGUAGCCUUGAUUGACCGAGGUGAAAAGAAAAGAAAAAAAAAAGAGCGAGGAAGAGUCGGGAAAAACCUCCACCACCGAUGAUGAAAUCACGAGCAGGGAUCCCCACGACCCGUCUGACUUAAUUGCCACGCUUCCGCCCUCCCUCUGACUCGUGCUCGUCCCUCUCUCCUACUGUCGUUAUUUCUUCUUCGUCUUUCGUCGUCGUCU